CCGGAGAUAUGUUUCCCGGUUUCUGCUUCAACCUAGAGAGCCUCAUCCGCAGUUAUAAACAAAUAUGAUUUGGCUCUCGCGGCGGCUUUCAGAAAGGAGGAGCGGAAGAUGACUCUAGCGGCCACAGAAAUUGACGGUCGAGAUCUACGCAUACACGUUCCUCGAUGCAAAGAGAAACAAUGGAGAAGCCCCACCAGCUCCUCUCUACGGCUCGAGGGCCGCAACAGGAAAGUCGACAUCAUGCACAGGAAGAACGAAAUGGCCGACCGAGUCUGCAAUAUCUCCGACAUCAUACACCGCGUAGCCUCCUCCUGCCUCACACAACCGCUGGCCGGCGCGGCCACCGGUCAAUUCAUGAACGGCGACGACGACGAAGAGCAGAGAGAAGAAAUGGAUUCUGACAAAGGGCUCGGGAUCUGGGAAGAGGAAGAAGUGGGAGAACAUAGGGGCACUGCUAUGGGUCUAUUGAAUAAGCUGGGAGAAAUGGAGGCCUUCAUGAUCGAAGUUUUUAAUGCUGCCUCCGCAGUCAAGAAGGCGUACGUGGGUCUCCAGGAGGCCCACUGCCCGUGGGAUCCGGAUAGGAUCCGUGUCGCCGACGCUGGGGUGGUUGCAGAACUGAGGAAGCUCGUACGCCUACGGGAUCGGUUUCGGAGGGAAAUCUCCGGCGUCGGCGGCGGCGACGGCGGGGGGAGAAGAGUCGGAAGAGUGCCGAUAAGGGAGGUUGUUGCGCCGUACGAGGCGGCGCUGGAGGAUCUCCGGCGAGAGAUCAAGUUUAAGGAGUCGGAGAUUGAGAAUCUCAAGGAGAAGCUGGUGAGAAGUGGACGCGCAGGUCGAACCCAUUCCAGCAAGAGAGUCGGAUGCAUCAGUGGUUUAGGAUCGCCGGUGGCGCCAACGCCGGAGCUAUUCGAGUCCUGCAUGGAUCAGGUCAAAUCAGCCUCCAAAUCCUUCACAACUCACCUCCUCUCCCUGAUGCGCGUCGCCCGAUGGGACCUCGCUGCGGCGGCCCGAUCCAUCAUCGACGGCGGCGGCGGCGGCGCAGAUUCGCCCACCGGAGAUCAGCCCCCACCGACUUACAUCCCUGAGGUGGAACCCCGGCACGCGAGGCAUGCUCUUGAAUCCUACGUGAACCGAAAACUAUUCCACGGAUUCGAGAACGAAACCUUCUACCUCGAAGGAUCAUUAAGCUCACUUCUCCGACCGGCAGAGUUUCGUCAAGGCUGCUUCUCCCAAUUCCGCGACAUGCGCGCGAUGGAGCCGGCCGAGCUGCUCGGCAUUCUCCCCACGUGUCAGUUCGGCCGGUUCGCCGGAAAGAAGUAUUUGGCCGUGAUGCAUCCCAAGAUGGAGGAUUCUUUCUUCGGCGGGUCGGAGCAACGGCUGGUGGUGAUCGCCGGAGGGCAUCCAAGGACGGGGUUUUACGGCGAGUUUCUGAGGCUGGCGAAGGCCGUUUGGUUGCUGCAUCUAUUGGCCUUCGCGCUGGACCCAGCGCCGUGUCAUUUUGAGGCGAGUAAAGGUGCCGAGUUUCAUGAGGAGUAUAUGGAGAGUGUGGUGAAGUUCUCCGGAGGGAGGAAGGCGCCGGAGGGUGCGGUGGUUGGGUUUUCGGUGGCGCCGGGGUUUAAGCUAGGGAAUGGGUCGGUGGUGCGGGCCAGGGUGUUUGUUGUACCAUGGGAGAAAACCUCGCAAGUGCGGGGCAAGGGUGUGACGGACUGAGGAAGAGGAAGAUGGGAACGGGGGGGCUGCUGUGUGUGCGUCUGUGGUUGGGGUUUACCAUUGGAGAAAAAACUAGCGCACCUAAGACUUGCACAGCGCUCCGUACGUUAAAGAGGUUAUUCAAAAGGUAUUGGGGGUUAUAUUCAUUUUAUAUCCCAUAUAACCUUUCUGUAACCUACCUAUAACCUACCUAUACUUUCUAAUAAGUUCCACGCAUUUGUUUUUAUAUAUUUAUAGGUUACAGAUAUGUUACAAGGAAGUUACAUGAGGUAUAACACAGAUAUAACCCCCUAAUACCCUCUGAAUAACCUCCCUACGUAUGCAAGUUUUUCUCUUACCAUUGAGGCUGGUCGAGUAAUGUCUACAUUGAACGAUGUAUCACCUGGAUUGUUGUGUGUUCGCUCUUAGUGUUUUGAAGAAGA